AGUCCUUCCUACGAGCUUCAAAUUGAAGAAAUCUGAAAAACUGUUGCAUGUCUUGAUUCUACUUUUGUAUGUUUGACGGCACAACUGUUGAUGAGUGCGCGAUUAAAAAUUUAUCUUUCUUUCAAGUUUUCAACAAUAUAACUAUACCAAACAUCAUUCUAUUACUACAGAACAAUAAGGCGCAUUAUUCGGGCGUUUUUGAACUGUUAGUAUCACUAUGGUCUUAGUCUCUUAUAUCCGACCGCGGACAAUUUUUAAUAUUGCCCUUGGUAACAGUCGAUUAUCGUUCUGGCUCGAAGAUAAUAAUCUGAUCACGCUUCUAUAUGUAGAAUCCGACCCAUGUUUCUGUAGUCCGCUGGGUUAUGGGCUCGACCCGUUGUAACGUCACAAGUUUACUUUCUUUGUUUCUUCAGUCACAACUUUUCUUGUUGCUCUAAAAUUUUGAAGAUAACUCUCGCGCAAUAGUCAAAGAGUGACCUGCUAAAUGAAAGUUCACAUGGCAGGGUACAAUUCGCACGGUAACACGCCACAAAUAAGAAUAUCAAAAUGGUAAUUUUGAUGUUGUUUGUUUGUUAUUGCAGGUGUACAAACACUUGCUGCCAUCAAGGUAACCACCUUACUAAUUACAAACAAGAAACCUUCUCUUUCACCCAUUUUCGUGAAAGAAUCAUGUGGAAAUUUUAACGUGAAAUCUGCUCUCUUUUCUCUUCUGAUAAUGUUGUAUAGCGCUCUUGUAUUUGUAUCAAUAACGGACAUCGGAGACUUUUUAAAACGACUUAAUUUACAUCAGCUAAUUAGGACAUAUGUUAAAGAGAGUUAAAGUUUCAUUUUUGUCAAAUUCUCUCUGUCUGUUUGACUUGAUUGAGCGCUGGCUGCCUCAUUAACAAAGGUGUUGCACAAAACUGCUGCCAUAUUUUAGCAUUUUCUCUUCCACACAAGAACCCAUGGGAAAGCAAGAACCCAUUUAAAACUUUCGAAUUCGCAACAAAAUCCACAUGUUUCACGCGUAAAUGUUUCUUUCACAACCAAUCAACGAACGCUUUGUUUGUCUUCAAUGAAAGGAGAUAACAGAGCGAUACAAAGGGAUGUCUUUCAAUGGUUAACAAUAAAAACCCUAUCAGGUACAGGUUAUCUUCUGUUUUAGACACGGAACUCUCAAUUAUUCAUUGUUUCCGAAAGGAAAACCACCGUCAACAAAAUUCUGAUAUAAGAAAAGUGUUGUCAAGGUAGGUUUGUUAUUAAACAGAACGCGCAUAAAAACUACCGAAGAGAAAAGCAAAUCUUGAUUUACAUUUUGCCAUGUGUACAAUCCGCUCCACUUCAAUCUUCUUUGUAGACUGGGAAACUACAAGCAAAGAUUUCGUUAAAGGGAUAAAAUUUACUUCGACGCAACGAGACAUUAAAGUUCACUUGUUUUACAACAAGAAAACGGCGAUCAACGACCUUCCAGCCGAUUGCGAAUGGAUUGUGAAACACCCAACACUUACAACUUCCGCGGAGGCUUCGUGGACCGCGCUUUUGACAUACGUACUGCAUUUUUACACGCAUACUUCAUGCAACUGUGUAAACAAUCACUGCAAACUUUGGCCCAAACGUCAUGUCCACACGAAAUACAAAGCUCAUAUCGUGUCCGGGGACGAAGCGAAAUACGAAGAACUGGAAGCCAUUUUGAAAUUUAAUAAAAUCCCUGUAAAAAUCAUCAAUGUUGGAGAACGCACUUUGCUGGACCUGUUUCAAUUUUCCUGCAGCCACUGUAAAAUUAUUUUCAAAACUAAGAAAGAGGCCGAUUCUCACGAUCACAGCAAGCAUAAUUUUUUGUGUUCGAAUUUGAAAUGCGAGAAAAGCAAGCGAGCCAAUGGCUUCUUCGCGAAAAAAGAGUUGGAAGAACAUUUGGCACGCCAACAGGGCUGCGAAUUCUGCCCGGAUAAAAUAUUCUGCUCGCCCAAGAAGCUGGGAGAACACAUGGCGAAAACGCAUAAGAGAUGUGACUGCAGCUGUGAGGAAUAUUACGAAACUAAAGAUGAGUAUUUGGAACAUUUUUACAGCAAUUUGCCGCUCCCGUGCCUCGAGGAACCGAGCUGUUCUGAGCGUUUUCCAAACAUUGAAUUUCAAGCUUUUCACCACAAGUCCGCACAUGGGGCAACUUACCCAUAUUACUGCAUGGCUUGUUACAAAAAGAAAUAUCUCGUAUGUCUCAAAACAGCCGAGGAAUUAUUGAACCAUGUGGAAGAAGAAAAACAUGGAAAUGAAGAUUUUGCCUUUGCGCAAAUUCCACUUCAUAUUGCUUUGAAUGGCGACUAAACCCAAGCCUACAAACUUUCAAAACGGACAACCGCGUUUAAUCCUCAAGCUAAGAGGUUGUAAGACUAAAAUUUGUUCUGGGAGGUUAUUUUUUUGUAGAGUGUAAUUGUUUAGUUUGGACAUUGUAAAUAGAAACUGGCGAUUCUUAGAGCAUUUUGGACCAAAACUGGCCUUAAAAAAAAGAAAAAGAAAAAAAGAACAGUAUACAUUUGGCAAACACAAAAUGAAUGGUCGUGUUGCUAACAUGUCGACAAAACGAUUUUUUUUCUUUUAAUCUAUCGCAAUUCCUAUUGCUUGUAAAUAGGCUCAUUUGGAUCCCAUUUAAAACGUUUUUCUAGACAUUGGCGGCGAUAUUUAACAAUUGUUAAAGCUCUGAAGUUUUAAUUAAUUGAACUUGAAGAGCGAAAGGGUCUGUCAGAGCUCGCGUUGGAACACACGUACGCAAAACACUCUGAGCAAGUUGUGCUAAGUUGUAUCAUUACAUGAGAAAAGAGCCAACAAUUUAUUUGCUUCAAGAAAUUCAAAACCUUGUGUUCAAAGUAAAAUUUUAACGGUGGAAGAGUAAUGAGUUUACUUAAGCAGGACUCUAAGGUGAUUGUUUGCUAAUUGUUUGAACUCUGUUCGUGAUAGCUUGUUUAAUUUGCGGAGUUAGUUUCUUCGAGUCAGCUGGGACUGUUCCCAUGUUGAUUAGCACAGUGUUGUUAACAAAAACUCCAAAUUUCGGUAACGAACCGAUUAAGCAAUGUGUUCAACUCACGUUUUUAAUAAAAGUUCGUGUAUUUCGAAAACUCAACUAACUCACUCCUACGUAUUGAGUUAUAAAACCUGCUGAAAACGUUUCGUCUUUGUCUCUCCUACGCACAAGAGUUUCUCUUGGGUUACUUGAGGGUUAUUUUUGUAUUUGUCAAGGUGUGUAAAUAAAUGUAAAUGGCUUCCGGAGAGAGUUCACCUGUUUGGUUCUAAGCAUUUGCUGUCUUGAGGCGAUUUCACUCGUAAACGGUUAUUAAAACUCCAUAAUAGCAUGUAGAUUGAUUAUUUAAUAGAAACCUCAACGAUCAUCUGAGUUUCGUUCAGUUUGAAACUCAAUUCACCAAAGUUAAACUUUCUUAACUAACACUACUUUACUUUCCUAUUUAGCUGUUUCUUUCCCUAUAGUCUGUAGAGUUGUUUUGCUCCUGCAAAUAAAUGAAUGGAGUGACUGCUCAUCUGAAAUUUUUAGAAUUUACCACAGUCGAUCUUUAUAAGCUACAUCUCGAACCGUAAAGGGACAAAUUGCUAGCUUUGGUUAUAUUUACUUCAACACCAACCUGCUCACCAACUUUAUCUACUAAUCUAGUACAAAAAAAAUUUUGGUCGCUUGCUUGUAGCGACCCAAGGCAAGAGGAUUUCUUUUCUAGUUUAUGUAUCUUAUUAGAAGGUGUAAAGUUUUGCUGUAUAUUUUUCGAGUUAUGCCAUGACACGAUGACGAGCGUGCAGCUAACAAUGGGAAGUGUGCGCUGACGGUUUCCAUGGCAAAAUAACUAACCAUGCGAUACCUACGUUUAUCUUCGGGAAUACCCGGAAAAUGUUCGAAAAUGCUCGGAAAACGUUCGGGAAUGCUCGAAAAACGUUCUGAAAACUUGCGCACAACAGGUCCGAGUAAUUGGUUUAUUGGUUCCUAGGUUACGUUUAAUUAACGGUUGUUUUCGACAAUCUAAUUAGUUGAUUUUUGCGCAAUUUUUUUGUGUCUUGAGGAUUUGUGCCUCAGCAACUUUAUUUCAUUGUCGAGCUAAAUUCUCAGUGCAGUUCCUCUCAUAUAAUCAAUACAGCCAUAUUAAAAUUACUUCAACAUUUUGUUAUUUUAUACUGGAUUGGUCUUAGUCAUCGGUUGCGAUUUUAGACGAUUUCCGACAAACUGUUUUAAAUUCGUGACGUGUUUGUGAUACGAAGUUUCAAAUUGAUCAUCAUUAUUUACCUUUAGGAGCGACUGUGCGGCAAAUAAAUUCUCCUAUUAUUGGUCCCCUAAGCACGCAAGUAGCUGAGUCCAAAAUACUCAACAUUCAAAAUUCAACAUGGCGGCCCUGCUCAAUCUAAGAGAAGGUCCUGGAAUUGCGAUCGGCCGAGAUAAUGUCAAUAAAUUAUUCUUAAAGAAAUCAUGCGAUCAUAUUUUUCAAGAUUGAUUGAAAUAUAUCGCAGAAACCAUCCAAACCAAGAGACUACAAUUCUAAGAUUACAUUAUAGGCCUUUGGCCAAACACAUUCCAAACAAAUUAAAACUGCACGGUAUUUUUCUGCAUUGUUUUCAUAGUCUCCUUGACGAGAGAGUUAUGACUUCCAAUUGAAGUCUCCAUUGUGAGUUUAAAAAGGUCAAACACAGCGCAAUGCAUCUUAAUUAGAUUUAAAAACAAAUCCGCUCAGGUCUUUGACACUUGGCGCUUUAAAUAAAACAUUGAGCUGAUUAAUUUGUCCGGACAACUGUACAAGAUUAGUACAGAACUAAAAAUGUAUGUUAAGUCAUUUCUCCUGGAUUGGGAAUCUAAUGGUCAGUAUUACUUCAAAGACAUAGCGAUAUCUCCUCAAACACGGGGCUAUCUUCACUUCUACGUGUUUUAUCGAAGCAAGGAACUGCCGGCAAAGCUGUUACCUCAGUUUAGGUUCCUCCAUGUGCCAAAGAACUCGAUUGUAAUGCCAUUGUUUGCUGCGGAUUGGAAAGUUUUAUCAACCAAGCUUAUCGCUAAGGACCCGCGCGUUUGGCUGCAAGAAAGAAGAGACAUCAUCCUCGUCUCAUCUGAGCCUCAAAGCGUUUUUGCUUCGUUGAUAGAGAUCUUGAACGAGGAGAAAGCUCCCUACAAGAUGGCGGAUACAAAGGAAUGCACUCUUAUGAAUGAAUUUCGAUUUAAAUGCGACAAAUGCCGCAUGAUUUUUUGCAAUAAGAAAGAGCUUAAGAAACACGACGAGAGAUUCUGCGGGUAUUUCGAAGGAUGCCUGACACAGAAGCACAAGCGUAGGGUUGGAUUUUCUAGCGGAGAUUCGAAAUUUCAAGAAGGCAUCCAAGACGCCGAUAAGUGUGAUCUAUGCACAGCGAAUUGUGUCAUGACGUACUGCCCACACAGGAGCAGAAAAGAGGACAUGAAAAUGGUCCACAAGACAACAUAUGUAGGCAAAACGCAUCCAUGUUGGAGUAAACACGAUACCAACGAGUUCAGCGCGCACUUUCUUUAUGGUUACGACGCCUUGCCAUGUUUGGCAGUAACCGGCUGCGCGCGCACCUUUCGCACACUUCAGGAACAGGCGCAUCAUCACGUGACCGAACAUGGCUGCCAGAAGCCUUAUUUUUGCAUUGUGUGUUAUAAGUUGUUGAGGGUUCAGUGUUUUGAAAGUGAAAAUGAGUUACUGUAUCAUGGUAAGCUUGAAGGACACUGUGAACCUGAGUUCUCCUUUGCAUGAGAAUCAAGUCGGUUUAAAAGAACUCAAAUUUGAAAAAGGCACAUAGCCAAAUGAAAAUUCGGCGGACACUUCGUGAACUUUUAAAAAAUCAAUUUCUGAAAACCGUUCGCUCAACCUUUCCAAUAUAUAAAUGCUAUAAAUAUAGUUAUUUAAGAAUCAAGUUUUCUACUUUCACUGAUCUUCGUUACGCAAACUAAUUAAAGUAAUGUGAUGUAAUUUCUUCGAGUAGCUGUAUUAAUGAAACAAUUCUUUAUUAUUUGCAAUCUUUAUUAUUUGUUAAAUUAAGUGAGUUCGCGUUUGGCUUGAAAAAUCACGGGGUUGUAUGUUAUAGCAGAGUUUGGCAAAUAAACGCGCAAAUUAACUGGCAAUUUAGUUCCUCGCUGCACAAGCUUGACGAAACGAGCGACACUCGAGAAUUAGCGUUACAGGCUCGAUUUUUGUUGGUUUUAAAAUAAUGAAAGUGAGCGGAAGUAAAAGGGCCGCUAACGUGUUUGUCAGUCAGGCAUACGCAACUCAACCGGAAGUCCAAUAUUUUCGAACUUCUACCGACAGCAUCCGAAGUUCUGUAAUCGAACAGCUUUAGUUAGAAAUCAACUAGUGGUUACUUUCGGGAAGGGAAAAUCUAGGUCCAAGGAACCAGCCAGUCAUGUCUCUCCAAAGCCACUUUUUGCUCGUACUUAAGCCCCGCCGACUGAGAGGGACAGGCAGCUCUGAGAACGAGAGUAAAGUCCAAGCCACUCGGCUAAUAUGUGGCCCAUCACUGCUGGUGCCGUGCUCGGACCAAGUGGUUUUCUCUUUGGCGGAGAAGUAUAAGCGACAUGUGCAGACAAAGUGAGAUGCUGAUAGUAAGCACCUUUUAUUAGAAAAAUCUCCUAACAACUGCACAUAACUGGAUCACUGUAUGUUGCUAAUGCGUGAAUGCUCUAGUGAACACUAGCCCUAAACAAGAAACCAAAGUAUUACCGGUGACACCGUGCUUGUUCCCAGGGCUUCUCGUUCUUGUUUCACAUACCACGUGACUAAAGUAACGAGAGCUCUGGCCAACGAGUAUGGAGAAAAUAAAAGGUUCUUGUUUUUACUAGUUACCAGUAAAUCAAAUUGUUAAAAACUGGAUUAUUGGAUAAUGCAAUUCAACGCUUAUCAUUGGUUUAGCCAUCACGAUAUGUGAGCCAUUAUGCCAUGCUCUACAAAUGUAGUAAGCAGACUCAUACUGUUCUAGGGCGUUCUUAUUUUUAUUUUACUCAAUUAGUUUUCUAUUCAUUUGGGGCGUUUUUAAUAAAACAGUCAUUUCAAUCGUGCUUGCUGGAUACGAGAUGGUUGUAGCCAACUCAUAUCCAACAAGCACGAGUGGACUAAUUGUUAAAGAGUAACUGUACACUCAAAAGUCAACAUAAACAGAGAUUUUUAUUGUCUCUCUCUUGUGUUGUUUAAACAGUGGAGAUCCUGACAAAAAUGGCUAAGAGAAAUGUGGGUUUUUGGUGAAGAAAAUAAAAUGCAUAUGAGUAAAAAUAUCUUCAACUUUAGCUUUACACGCCAAUGUAAGAUAAAGGUCAAAAUUCCAAGGAACUUUACAGCGAAAAUUUAGACAACUUUCGGUAUGAAAACAUCACUACCACAUGGAUUCAUAAAAAAUUAGGUUUCAAAUAUGCUUCAUUCCUUUCUACUAAAGGAAGAUAGCUUAUAGUCACCUUGCCUAGAAUUUAGUCACUUUCCUAA